UGGAUCCAGUUUAUGGUCACGUGACCGACGGGAGUUGCGGCAACCUGGAGUCUGUGUUUUGCACAAGGGGGAGAACUCACUUGGUAAACCUCAAACUGCUGCGGAAACAUGCCACAACUCCUCAUACUCACUCUUGGCCUGUUACCGUGGAUUCCAGCCUUCCUCUGUGGGGUAACGGCCGCGGCAGAGUUUGAGGUCCUGGAGGGUCGCCCCCUCACAGUCCCGUGUCAUUAUGAGCCUCAGUAUGCCAGCUAUGUAAAAUACUGGUGUCAGGGGAGGAUGAGGGAGUUCUGCACCAGCUUAGCCCGAACAGAUGAACCCCAUUCAACCAUUCCGGGUGAGGACAAAGUCCGCAUUUACGACGACCCGGUCCAGCUGGUGUUCACAGUGACCAUGAAUGACCUGAAGGAGGACGACUCUGGGUGGUACAUCUGCGGCGUGGAGAUAGGCGGUUUAUGGAGCGCUGAUGUUGUCGCAUACACUGACAUCGAGGUCAUUCAUGGUAUGUCAGUGGUGAAUGACCGUCUGAGUGGGGAAGAAGGGAGCAGUGUUGCAGUUGACUGCCACUACAGUAAGAGAUACAGAGAAAGUCAGAAGAAGUGGUGUCGCAGUGGAGACUGGAGCUCCUGUCUGCCGACGGACUCUGAUGGCAGCUACGAGGACACAUCAGUGGCCAUCAGCGAUGACAGAACUGGCACGUUCACUGUCACCUUAAAGAGGCUACAGAUGAGAGACACUGGCUGGUACUGGUGCUCUGCAGGACAGCAGAAGAAAGCCGUGCAUGUGCAGGUCACACCGCAACCCACAACAGCGUCCGUGACACCGAGUCAGUUUGUCGCACACUUCCCUCCACCCAAACCCAUCACUAAGGAGUCCUGGAACAGUCACGGUCACAUCUUGGAGUCCUUGCUGGUGUGCUGCUCGAUAAUGGUCCUCGUGGGUUUGGCCAUAUUGGCAAGAAAGAUGUGGAAACUAAAAAGGCAGGAUCCUUUGCUGAGACGAAUUAAGAAGAUGAAAGCCAGGCACAAUGAGUAUUCAAGAGAUUUAGGUGACCUGCAGGAUGCUGCCGUCAUUUUCCAUAACAAGGAUUCCCAGGAGGUUCAGAUGCACUGAGCGUGUCAGGACUCAGCAGUCGCUGCUUUUUGCUACUUCCUGUGACUGAAUGUAAUUUUUGUCUGUUCACUGCGAGAGCACCAUGCUUUCUUUCCAGCAUUAAAUUGCACAUCCGAAGACAUGUAUGUUGUUUUCUGCUAGCUAUACUUUCCAACCACAACUGGAAUAACUCUGGAGAUCUUGCGAGCAUAUGCUCCUCUCGUAACGCAUAUGUUUCAUAACAUAGUCAUUUGGUCCUCUGUUGAAUUUGGCCAAAACCUAAAGAUGCUUAUAUUGUGUUUUCAGUAGUAGUAGUAGUAGUUGUUUUUAAUUCAUUUGAGGAUUUUAGCAGCCUGGGUUGGAAGCUCUACCACUAGAGUUUUGUUUAUGUGGUGAUAAAGAAAUAGUCAAACUUUAUUCUACAGGUCUGUAAUGGUGAUGGUAUUAAUGAAAGGGAAGAAUAGAGUGUAAAUGUGUUUUAUUGUAAGUUGAGUUAAACCUGCAAUAAAAUGCUCUGGUUGGAUUUUUUGUCACCUCAGGUGCAGCGAAACGAAAAAAGCUACGGGUUAAGACUUUGAUUGUUUUUCAGAAGAACUUACUGUAUAUUGGAGUAAUUGCUCUAUUUUAAUAAAAUUAGAAUGACAUUUGAAAAAUACAAAGUAUUAAAAGAUUUUUAAUUAUUUAUUCUUGGCUUCUUUGACUAACAUCCUAGCAACUCUCCUGUUCUGAAGUCAAAAUAUCUACAGUAUGUCAUGAAUUGUAUUGUAAUUACAGUAUAUCAGCUGUUAGAACGUCGACAACAUAUACGUGAAGCAUAAAGACUGUGGACAUUGUUGUCAACUUCUAACUGUUGCAAAGAAAUUAAUCCAGCAUGUAUGAAUAAUACCUUCAUGACAGUAAACAGCAAGCCUCAGUUUUUGUCUCAGGUUAUGGUUUAUUUCUAAACAAAAUAAAAUUUCUCAUUAACAUUUA